AUGACCGGACGACAAAGCUUAGGGACCAGAAUCAAAGAGUAUCUAGGAAAUCCAGGGUGCAGGCCAGAUGUCAAUCACAAGGCUCCAAUAUGUACUGGCCGCGAGCUGUUAAAAGCGGAAGGAGACGAUUCAAAACAUGAACACGACGAAGAGGUACGAACCGUGGGUGCCGAGAGCACCGAGGGUAGCACCGAAAGCGACAAAAAUAGUUUUGACAACGUUGAAGUAGGUUUAAGCCAUGGAAAAAUUUGGACGAUGCUCAAUUACACUGGUUUGAAAAAAGCCUCUUCGGACAAGAUUUUAGAUCGGCUGGUCGAUUUUGCUGGAUCACAAGUGGUUUUUUUCUUGAUGUGGAUCAUAUUGAUUGUGUGGAUCGUCAUCGGGAUUAUUUACAAGGCACCGGAUAAUUGGCAGAUCGUCAUACAAGACGGACAAUCGAUUCAAUCCUACUUCUGGGACACACUUUUGAUGCGGCAACAACUCAACAGCAGCCACGAGCAUGUUUGGAUAUGUGCCAACAUCAGGUCACGUUUGAAGACCAUCAGAAGGCUGUGUACUAUGGAGCAACCAAAAGAAAAAGCGUCGCCAAAUGCGACAGUGAAAGUAAGUUCAAGUUCCGGACAACUGCCCAUCGAAAGCUGGUAUGACAGAGUGUGUUCGAAAGCUUGUGAUUUCAUCGGUUCAUUGCCUGUCAUGAUCAUUUUCUGGCUCGGCAUUUUCACUUGGAUUGGCUGCGGUGCUGUGCCAACAACUACGGGUAAUAAACCUCCAUUUUCUAAGAGCAACCCUCAAAAGGCCAAGUUCAGCGACGAAUGGCAGCUUUAUGUCAAUACUUCUACGGCUGUUAUCAUCCUAAUAUGUUGCGUCUUCCUACAGAACAUCAGAGCGAGACACGAGAGGUUUAUUGCUAAAUUCGUGUUAGCUCUCUCAAGGAUGGACGUAAGCAUCGAAAAGCAUCUGAGAACCUACUUCCGCGAUUUUGAAACUGAGAAUCCUAACAUAUGUAUUCCAACUCACCAUCGCAAUCGUCUCUCAAAAUGGAUCGACUGGUAUGCUGAUAUCAUUGGAACUGGUAUCGGUGUCUGCAUUGCCCUCGGCGUGAUUGCGGUUUGGAUAGCCAUUGGGGAUCCCAUGUCUUGGAAUGGCAACUGGUGGCUCAUUAUUGGGACUUACACCGGGCUGGUGGGAUUUCUGGACGGAUUCGUGCUGAGACAAGUAUACUUCAAGAUUGUUCACCACGAAGAGAACAAUUAUGAAAAAGUUGCAGAAGAGGACUACGACCUGUUCCAGACCUUAGGUAUCGAGCUGCGCGAGGAAUGUGUCGUACACUCCGAUUCUUUUGCCUCGCUCAAUUCUAUCACCUAUCGUAUUUCCUCGAAGAUCAACUCAAUAUGCUCAUCUGAUUGGAGUGUGGUUGCUUCCGUGGUCAUUAUUUUAUCUUUGAUCAUCAUAGCAUCUGGUCUCCGCUGGAGUGAGACAGCACAGUUGAUUUGCAAUACACCCACUAUGAUCAUCGAAGCAUUUUUCCUCAUUGUUCUACUUCAGGCUCAUGGUUGGGCUGACAAAAAGCGCAGGAUGCAAGUGGCCGCACUACACGCCCGUAGAGUUGCCCUGCUCACGUACGUUGAGGAAUCGUAUCCACUUUCCUGCUAA